GGGCAAGAAGAAGGGACACGUGUCAGUUUCGCCUUGUAAGUCUUGAGUCGAGAAGCGAGAACGGAAUAGAUAGGAGUCGAGAGACGAGGGGCUCCUCUCUUAUCCAUCCCAGCAAUGGCUCAAGCUCUGGUUUCGGCCUCGCUCUGCUACUCCCUUCGAGAUGUGAGAGCCGUUAACCCUUUUAGUGCCGGUGUUCUUCCUCGGCUUCCGCUUGCCAAUAUUUCGGGAACCGCCACCUCCUUCGCCCGGGGAUCUCCGCUUCUAGUUUCAAGGACUCUUAAUCAAAUUAAACCGGCAUGUAAAGCGGCAUCGAUUUCCAUAAGAUGCGAACAAGGUACAAAAGGAGGCAGUGGUGGUUUGGAUGUAUGGCUUGGCCGAUUUGCAAUGAUUGGUUUUACAGUGGCUAUAACAGUGGAAAUAGUAACAGGAAAGGGACUGCUGGAGAACUUUGGGCUUACUUCUCCAUUGCCCACGUUGGCGUUGGCGGUUACAGCAUUGGUUGGAAUUCUGACAGCAGUUUUUAUCAUCCAAUCUGCUUCGGAGGAUUGAGAGUUCUUGAUGUCUGUGAAUAUCUUCUGUAAAAGAGGUGGAACUUUGUGAAAAUUCUUUGUCCAUUUCUUGUAUUCUUUAUCUUUAAAAUUUUGUAUUAACGAUUAUCGGAGACCAACAGCAAGACUUUGACCAUGUAACUCACGGCUCUUGAAAAAAUUUCUAUUGACUUGAAAA